AUGGCUGCCGGUACUACAGCCAACGGUCGCUCAAAUAGAGCUAGUGCCUCCAAGAAAGAACUCAACACCCUAGUGGUGACUUUGAAGCUGUCUCCAGACCUGUUACAGCGAUUUAUCACCAAGCCUCUCGACACAAAGACUUCCAGCAAAACCAAUCCCGUCAAGAGUCAGGAACGCUCGUCGCCUGCCUCGUCCACCGGAAUCCCUGCGGUCCGACCUUCCUCGGCUGAUAAUGCAUCUGAUUUGGAUACGACCUCGACUCCAGCCACCGGGGCAAAUUCCAGCGAUACCCCACGACGGAAGGGAGUUCCUGGCCCGAAACCCGGAAACAAACGAACAAAUGCUCAGACAGAAUCAUCUACUCCUCGAUCAAGGGGCAGACCCGGCCCCAAGAAGAAAACUCGAUUGGAGGAGGGUGCUGAAGUCGUCCCGAAAGUGUCAGCUGCCCACCGACUUGGACCCAAGGCCAACACCGGUGCCAUCAAUGCUGGUCUACGUGCUUUAGAUCGAACAGGCGCCCCAUGUCGUAAAUGGGAACGUCAGUCUCUCAAACUACGCAGCUUCACCGGCGUUGCCUGGAAGCUGCCAUCUUGGCGCACUCCUAGCCUAGUCAUUGUUGGAUCUGACGAAGCUAAGGGUGCCGUUGCCCUUGAGAGCAUUGAUAGUGAUAAUAAGCACACACUGGCUCCACCUGGCACUGAAACUCUCAACGGCAGCAGUGCUGUUCCAAGCGAGAAGAGUAAUUCCGGUGGGGAUAUCACCCCAGCCCCGUCCCACAUGGUCGAGGCCUCUUCGCCAGCUGUUACUAUGGUCGCUUAA